CGUGUACGGUACGUAAUUUUGGGACGAAGCCAACCUGUCUCAUAAUUGAUUUUUGAAACAACAACGCCCAAUAUUAUACGAAUACUAGUUCCGCUUCCGCUAAUCAUCACACGUUUUUCUUUAAAGUGAUACAGACGGACGCAGUAAAGUGCAGCUUCACCGUAAAAUCAGAAAAAUCUUCAAAGUGAAAGUUUUCUAGAAAAAAGAAGUUUUUUUUUGUUGCGAUUAUGAAGAUUAUACACUGGAGAGCACAAAUUGGCACUAUGAUGGCAGACACGCGUGAAGAGUCCGCUGCGGGAACGAAAUCUAAUUCUGUACAUAAUGGCGCAACCAGUGGAAGCACAUCCGGCGGUUCAAGCGGAACCGUAAAAAAACUGCAGUUCGAUUUGCCGCCAGCACAAAGUCUCAUGCAACUCAUCAAUAAUCCAUACCUUUCGGACGUAGUGUUCAAAGUAGGCCAAGCCGGCGAGUUCAUCUACGCACACAAGCUCAUCAUAACAACGGCAAGUGAGGUUUUCUAUGCGCAAUUCAAUGGUCACUUCAUGGAAGCUAAAAAUGAUCAGAAAUCCGCUCCAGCUAUCGUACCAGACAUUGAACCAGGCGUAUUCAUGGAAGUUCUGAGUUAUAUCUAUUGCAAGCUUGUCAAUUUGAAUGCUAGUAAUAUGCUAGACAUAUACUACGCGUCACAUAAGUAUAUGUUGCAAUCGUUGAGCGAGAAAUGUGAGGAUGCCUUCGAGCGAUUAACGACUGAAGAUAACGUUCUGAAAGUGUUCCAAGCGAACCAAAAACAUCGAUUUGGCAACGUCGAUCAGCAGUGCUUGAAAAUCAUUCGCGAUAAUCCCAUUAAACAUUUCAAACAGGACCAUUUCCUGAAACUAAGCGCUGAGGCACUUCUUGUUAUUGCUUCGCAAUCGACGAUCAAUUGUCAAGAGGAUCACAUGCGACAGGCGAUAGAAACAUGGAAAAAACAAAACGGGGCGCUGGACGUUGCGUAUAACGUAAAGGACGUGUUAUGUCGAAAACUCCAUUUCUUCGGAUGCCAUGACUUUAGUGCCAACAUCGAUACAUCUUUCUUUGUGCUAUCCAGAAUUGCGUUAUACGGAUUGGGCGUUUUUGUAGGUGUUGAUCAAGAGAUUCCUCCCGUCGGAAAGGUCGAAAUCGUUAUAAUGUGCCAAAACAAGCAACUUGCUUCAAAAAGUGUACCGAUACACAAAAAUUUGCAAACACACGAAAUUAUGUUUGAAAAGGUGAUAAUCGACAAGAAUUGUAACAUUCAAGUCGAGAUUAAAAAACCGGACGAUCUGAAAAAAUUUAAAAUGUUUCACAUCAAAGGUUUUACGUUGGCUGGUACACUGGGGGAGGCGUUCAUUGGAUGCAAAUCAUAUAACAUGCAACAAUGUUAUAACUGUCGUUACAACCGUAAUUGUAACUGCCAGCAAAAUUGUGUAUCCUAUUUGAUGUGUGAAGCUACCCACGAAUAAACACGCUAAAUGAUAAGUUACGUUACCUUAUCCAAGAAUUCCGCUCAACAAUCAAAAGUUUUGACCAAACUUGACGCUAAACAGAGUUACAGAAUGGCAGCAGCAAAAAAAACUUGCAUAAACGUUCGACGAAUAAAGAAAAAUAACAACUCGUUUGUUUA